GCGACCAUAUUGCAUUUUAGUUCGGUUUAGCGCACGCUCACACGCACGUACGGGACCAUUCAUUGCGGUGGCAUAGGGUAACCUUGAAAAGGCCACCCUCGGAGCGCUACUACUUUAGUUCGCCGAAUCCGCCGGGGUUUACUUGGCCUCCAGCGGCGACGAUCGGAGCUGAUCUCGACGAAACGUCGAGGCAGAGUACGAGACGAUUUUCUUUACGCGGUAUACGCGAUACACGCGUCGCAAAGUUCCAAGGAGAGAGAAAACGAGAAAAAGAGCGAGAAAGAGGAAGAGUGCGGUGCAUCGUUGACCGUCAUCCCCGUCGUCAUUAAAUAAAAUGUCAUCGUGAAAGUCGCGAAGUCCAGGCGAGAUUGGUACCGCGCGUUGUCGGUGCGUUGCAGGUUAUAUUCCGCGGUAAACAGCGAGGCACCUCCGGGAGGUGCGGAGCGAGAAUGCUGUCCGCGAGGGAGUCCGCUUGAACGCGUCCGUCGCGGAGCGAACGGCAGUCGGCGGUAGUAUCCGGGCGGCAGCAGCAGCAUGGUGCAGCGCCCGGUCGCGCCCCGGCGCAACGUCCGGAUACUGCUGAUCGGUGAGCGCGGCGUUGGCAAGACCUCCUUGAUAUUGUCUCUAGUGAGCGAGGAGUACGCGGAGGAGGUGCCGAGCAAGGCCGAGGAGAUCACGAUACCGGCGGACGUCACGCCGGAGCAAGUGCCGACGCACAUAGUCGAUUACUCAGUGGAACAAACGGAGGAUCAACUGGCGGAGGAGAUCCAGAAGGCGCACGUGAUAUGCGUCGUUUACUCCGUGGACGACGAGGACACUCUGGACCGAGCUGCCAGCUACUGGUUACCGUUAAUCAGAAGAUGCUCGUCUGACAAUCGCUGCCCAGUUGUGCUUGUAGGCAACAAGAUCGAUCUCGUGGAUUAUUCCACCAUAGAGGCCGUAUAUCCCAUUAUGAAAGAGUUCACGGAGAUUGAAAGCUGCAUAGAGUGUUCAGCGAAAACACUUCAGAAUGUUUCGGAAACGUUUUAUUAUGCACAAAAGGCAGUACUGCAUCCAACUACCCCUUUGUACAAUUAUGAUACACAGGAACUCACAGAGGAGUGCAAAACUGCUUUGCAGCGGAUUUUUAAAAUAUGCGAUGUAGAUAACGACGGACUUUUGAAUGACAUGGAGCUGAACGCGUUUCAGCAGUGGUGCUUCAACACACCGUUACAACCGCAAGUACUGGAGGAUGUGAAAGCUGUGCUAUCGAAAAACAUUUGCGAUGGCAUAUGUAACGGAUGUGUUACAAUGAAAGGUUUUAUGUACUUACAAUGUUUAUUCAUACAACGCGGGAGGAACGAAACGACUUGGGCUGUGUUGAGGAAAUUCGGAUACGACAACGAACUACAAAUGUCAAAAGAAUAUAUUCAUCCUUCAUUGAAGAUUCCACCUGGCUGCAGCACAGAAUUGUCGCACAAGGGACAAGAGUUUUUAACGUUACUCUUCAUGCAGCACGAUCGCGAUCGCGACGGCGCUCUCUCGCCCUUGGAAAUGGAGUCGUUGUUCUCGCGAUGUCUUUUUCCGCCAUGGGGCGACGAGUACAAGUACACCGUAUCAACGAACGAAAAGGGAUGGCUCACAUUCCAAGGAUACAUGUGUCAGUGGGCACUGUUGGCGCUGACGAACGUGCGCAAAACCUUGGAAUAUAUGGCGUACCUGGGAUACAACAUGUAUCACAACGAAUGUCAGACGAGCGCGAUUGUCGUGACUCGCGAGAAAAAGGUAGAUCUGGCGAAGAAGCAGUCCAGCAGGAAUGUCUACACUUGUCACGUCAUAGGACCAAAAAGUAGUGGGAAGACCACGUUGUGUAGAACCCUUAUCGAUCCUAAGCUGGAGAGGCUGAAUGAUAAGAUGGUACCGUCGAACGCCCAUGUCACCGUGAAUACGCUGCAUGUGUACGGGCAGGAGAAAACUCUGGUAUUGAAAGACAUAAACGUGUUGAACGUUCAGGACGCCUUAACGCCGGCGGAGAUCCAGUGCGACGUUGCCGCUCUCGUUUACGACGCUAGUAAUCCAAAGUCAUUCGAGUAUAUAGCGCGUAUUUAUAUCAAAUACUUCGCCGAUAGUAAGAUUCCCGUUCUGAUAGUGGCGAAUAAAAGUGACCUUUCCGAGGUGAAGCAGAGCUAUCUGUUGCAACCGGCCGCCUUCUGCAGCAAGUACAAACUGAUGCCCCCGCAACCGUACAGUAUCUCACGGACGAUUCGCCGUGAGAUCUUCGUCAAGUUAGCUACGAUGGCAGCCUUUCCCCGCUUUCAAGGAGCGUGGGUAUUAUUUUACCGAGACAGGCACAUAAAUCAAUUCGGCCUAAUGCAAGGGGACUCUUUGGUCUGGUGGAAAGCAGGACUGGGAAUCGCGAUCGCCACGAUCGCCGGCUACGUGAUGAUGCGUGUGUUAAAUACAGAAAAAAGAUAGUCUUCUUCGAUAUUCGUGCUAGUUGUGCGUGUUUAACUGCCUCUCCUUGUCGAA